AUGGCCAACUCGGAUCCUUCCUCCUCGGAACUCGAUGAUAGGGCUCCGCUCACGGACCUUGUGGAAGCCCCGACCACAGCACCGGCCGGCCCUCCGACACCGGCACCCGUGGACGCCGGUGGUAUCCAUGUGCCACGCACACCUGAGACUGCGGUCAUCGGUUCUACACCACCUGGUCCUGUACGGCGUGCCAGACACAGCCGGAGUGGCGACCGGCGUUCGCGCAGCCGCAGCCCUCUGCGCCCUCACUCCAUGUUCUGGGAGGUUCCUCCUGCAACGUCAAGGCCUGUUCGAGGGCAAGUUCUUACUAGCUCCGAGGGCAGACAAGAGGUUACCCUGGAGAUACCCAUUGAUGUCUCGAUGCUGGAAACGGCGACUCCCAGCACGGUUCUGGCCAUCACCAUUCGGCUGCAUCCGUAUGACGGAUCCUCCACAUGGUAG